CCAGAGAUGGAGAGCUGGGUGCGGGAGUGUGGAGCAGAGACCAGCUCUGAGGCGCUGGACAUGGCUGAGGGCUUCCUCCUGAGCCAAGUGGAGGAGCCGAAGGAGCAAGUCGAGCUUCAGGUCCAAAGGCCUCUCUCGGGGGCCAUUCCUCAACAUCUGGAUGAAAGGAGCAAGCCCUUAAAUCUUUCCCAGGAUCGGCUUAUUUGGAAGAACUCCCAGGAAAGUCGAAGUUUGGGCAUCUCGCCAGUUGACCUUAACCGGAUGAAAAGGCCACAGAAUUUUUCAGUAAGGAUCAGUAAGAAACCAAGAUGGGAAUCAGUUGUAGCAGAAAUGGCUUUGGAUGAUAUAAAACAGUCACAAGCACCACCACGCCAACCACUCCAACUUGGAGAAAGCAGCCCGUCGGAUAUCGAAAUAAAUAACGAUACCUCCAAAAUUGAAACCAGUCUACCUGAAUGCUGGACACUGCAACAAUAUAACAGUUUCAGAGGAAAAUAUGACGGACUGGUAAUUUCUAACAAAAAGUUAGGUUGCAAGUAUUGUGCAAAACAUGACUUCCUAAAAAUGAAAAGUAUUCAUGUGUCAAAAGAAUGGAAAUACUUUCAGAUUGAGGCAUCAGGGAGAAAUAGAGAGGUAAAACAAGCUUCUCUAAGGAAAAAAAUGAAAGAACAUUUUUCAUCAAAAGCUCAUAAUAUUUGUAAAGCGAACAUAAAACAACGUGAGGAGGCUUCAGUAGCAAAAUAUUUACAGCCUGGCACAAUGUAAACCAUUUUCAGACAUAGAAGAUGGAUUAGCUAUGGGAAUAGGAUUACAUUCAUGUAAAACUGCAGUGAAAAUAGUUGAUUUCAUUGCAAAUGAAAUUAAAAAACAAAUUAUUUACUAAAAUUAUUGAAAAUAAAAUAUGUUUGAUUAUUGACGAAGCCUCAACAAUAUCUUGCAAACCAGUUCUUAUACUUCUCUUAAAAGUUGAGGAUUCAGUUGCAUCACCAACUAUUUUCCUUGAGUUUGUUGAACUGGAAAAACAAGACGCAGAGACAAUAUGUUCUUCAAUUAUGGAAAGUUUAAAUAAAGUUAGGCUUAUUGAGAACUAUCUGAAGCAAAAUUUAAUAGGAUUUGAUGGUGCCAGUUACGAAUCCAUCUGGUGGUGAUGCUGUCUAACCCACAUUUUAGCUUAUGGUCUACUUUAUCAAAUGCCUU